CAGCAGCAGGUAGCUGUUUAGGAAAUGGAAAUAAUUCAGCACUUUACAGCUAAAGAACCAGAUAUUUUGUUCAGGAGUUGAAUGGAGCCUGAAACAAAAUAAAAAUGUGCCACUGCACUCAUAUAACCUGUACUCAUGUUUUGCCAGAAGCAGCAGUUACACCCUCCUAGACAGGGACACAUGAUCAGGUAGCUGAGACUAAUGAAAUGAACCGCCACACAGUGAACCUGGGGAUUCACUGCUUCGUGUAUCAUAGCUAUGUACAGCUCAGAGUUUAUGUUUCUGCUGUACUAACUGCUUUGCCUCUCUGUGUUAUAGAUGUUCGCAGGAGAUGUUGGUUUUUCAGUAUUUUUAUAUACUAAACAUCUGUGUUGUUGCAUUUGCAUGAUAUGGCAAAAGAUCUUUGUGGUUUACACACACUCCAAUUCUGAAAACACGGUAAAUGCAAAUUGAAGACACUGUUUUUUUGUCUCACUCUUGACAAUCAAAAGCAUGGCUGCUGAAAUUCAUUGUCAUUUCAGUUUUAUAAUUUAGUCAUUUUGUACACAGUCAUUUUGCUCUUUUAUAACAGAAUGAGCCUGAAAGGUUUCUUAUAUUCUACAAGAUUUAUCAGUUAUAUUUGUUUCACAUGUGUCAGUAUUAUUAGUUUCUUGUCAAUGUUGACAUUUAAUCAUACUUAUAUUUAAACCUUGGUGGCUGUAUUAGUAAAAUAGUAAUAUCUUUGCACUAUUGUUUUGUAAAGAAUGUCAAUAGACUCUAAACUUGUUUAUAGCAUGGUUUCCUCUCUGUUCUUUAGACAAUUUUCCUUGUACUUCACCUUUAGUUGUUUUUGUUUGUUUUUUUUUUAUUUGGCACAUUUCUGUUGUCAGUAAUAUUUUAACACUUAAAUGCAUUAAUAUUAAAAACCCUUGCUUUCUUACAUUGCUGUUCUUCCAUGCAUUUCCCUGUGUAAUUCACAAAUAUUUAAAUACAUCAUGCUUGAAAAUAAAAGCAAAGAAACCUGAAUUACAGAGCCAUUGGACAUUUUCUUGGCAGGUAGAAGUUACAGUAGUUUAAGGGGGUGAAUUAGAGGAAAAGAUCAUCUGUGUGUGUCUGUCUGCAAAAUAUCAAGGUCAAAUGGGUCAGUGAUAUCGGACCCUCAGUGGCGGUCUCCACCAAAGCCCUUCAUUGGUUUCUCACUGCUUUUUCCUAACUUAUCAUUGGCCUCUACAUUUUAAUCCCACAUGAGGAGGCGGAGCCCCCCGACAGAGGACAGUGAAAAGCUCUUUAACCACAGACCUUCAGCAAGAAGGCAAACAGCUUUUCCACAGUUCGUUUGCUACAGGCAGAGAAUUUACCCAAAAAGCAGAAAGAUGGCAAGCUCCUUCACCCGUCUGAUUUCAACACGCAACACGGCUGUCCUGUUGGCCAGUUUGGGUGCAGGAACGGUGGCAACUGGUUUCCUGUUGAGUGAAAAUGGCUCUCUGGCUGCUGAGGCAAAAAAGAAACUGUAUCCUCCAAGCUCGGACUUCCCUGAUCUGAGGAAACACAACAACUGCAUGGCCUCGGCUCUGACUCCAGCCAUUUAUGCUAAACUGAGGGACAAGCUCACACCUAACAACUGGACGCUGGACCAGUGCAUCCAAACUGGAGUGGACAACCCCGGACACCCUUUCAUCAAGACGGUGGGAUGUGUUGCUGGGGAUGAGGAGAGCUAUGAGGUGUUUGCAGACCUCUUUGACCCUGUCAUCGUAGACAGGCACAACGGCUACAACCCAAAAACCAUGAAACACCCAACUGACCUGGAUGCUUCCAAGAUAACCAAUGGCAUGUUUGAUGAGAACUACGUGUUGUCCUCCCGUGUGAGAACUGGCCGCAGUAUUCGCGGGCUGAGCCUCCCUCCGGCCUGCUCCAGGGCUGAGCGCCGUGAGGUGGAGCGGGUGGUUGUCACGGCUCUGGCCGGUUUGAAGGACGACCUGGCCGGACGCUACUACAGCCUGGGAGACAUGACGGAGAAAGAGCAGCAGCAGCUCAUCGAUGAUCACUUCCUGUUUGACAAACCUGUGUCUCCAUUGCUCACGUCGGCCUUCAUGGCCCGUGACUGGCCUGAUGCGAGGGGGAUCUGGCACAACAAUGAGAAGACCUUCCUGAUCUGGGUUAAUGAGGAGGACCACACCAGAGUCAUCUCCAUGGAAAAGGGAGGCAACAUGAAGAGGGUGUUUGAGAGGUUCUGCAGAGGACUCAAGCAGGUGGAGCAUUUGAUCCAGGAGAGAGGCUGGGAAUUCAUGUGGAAUGAACAUCUAGGAUACAUCCUCACAUGUCCCUCAAACCUGGGCACUGGGCUGAGAGCAGGCGUACAUGUCCGCCUGCCAAACCUGAGCAAGGAUGCCCGUUUCUCCAAAAUCCUUGACAACCUGAGACUGCAGAAGAGAGGUACAGGUGGAGUGGACACAGCUGCCAUAGGAGACACUUUUGACAUCUCCAACAACGACCGUCUGGGCAAAUCUGAGGUGGAACUGGUCCAGCUUCUGAUCGACGGUGUGAACUACCUGAUCGACUGUGAGAAGAGGCUGGAGAAGGGACAAGAUAUCAAAGUCCCAGCUCCCAUUGCUCAGUUUAAAAAGUAAAAGGCUGGCCUUGACAGCAGGAUGGCAGCUCUCGACUCCAUGUUCCCUCCCAGUCUGAGUCUAUGGGAAAGCACAGAACUCAGUCUGGUCUCCACUAUGGAGGAGGUGCUUUCCUUAUGCCUCCUACAUGGAAUACAAAUCUUUAGAGUAGUCUACGGAAAUAAGAACUCUACCUCAUGUUAAGGUCUUCACUGUAACCAUGACUUCAUUAAAGUCAACAGUAUUAUAAUAGUA